AUGAAUGGCAGAAUUUGUACUGUUCAUGUGGAGGUAUAAUUAAUUAAUAAUUAAUAAUAGUAUGCUAAUUAACGUAACCACUCCUUUUAAUUAAUGAUGCUACGCUAAUUAACAUAACCAUAAUAGAAUAUAAUUUUGUUUAAGUCUUACGUAUAAUGAACAGUCUUCUCGUGCUCUUCUAAUGAAUCUAUUUCAUCUUCUUUUUUCUAUUUCCUUUCUUUCUGCCGCCGUUUAUCUUUUUCCAUAUACGAGGUAUAUGAAUCUAUGCUUUUUCCUUCUUUUCUUUUCGCCGGCAUUGUCGUUGGUCCACCCGGUAAGAAGAGACUGCAGCGCCUCCACUUCAAACUAAGUAUAUACCCUUAUAUAUAUAGAAGUAAUAGUACAUUUUAGUUUCAAUUAUUUCCGAUAGAUGGCAGGACCUCUCCACUGUCAGCAAGCAAAGAGAAGAAUGUUCGGCAAGGAUGUUCUCCAUCCAAUGCGUUUAUAAAAUACGUUACUUUUCCAACAUUUUUCCGGUCGUGUCCACACCAUUGUCAAUUAUGCUCAAUUAACAAAAGCCGUCGACCUGAAAAAUGGUUGGGAAACACUGUUCUAUAGGUUGUCCGACGCGAUAGCUGGCAAGUCCUGUGGCAAAGAGGAAAGUCUGGCUAACGAGGGAGCCAAGAACAGCUUACUUGGCGGAGGCAGACCAUUUUCGAAAGUUCGCCGAGUUGUGUAA